AUCCCACAGGAGAGUCUGAACAGCGAGUGUGUAAAGACUUCUGGAUUCUGUUCUGUAGGACAAGCGUCUGAACUUCUUCUGCAAGUCAUGCUGAGCAUCUGAUUGUCUUCACCAACACCAGUGCUGAGCUGUUUCCAGGGGCAGUCUAUCUGCAGUAAUGUCAGAGGAGCGAGGAAAGGACUCUCUCUAUAAGAUGAGUCUCUCAGAGAAACAGAGUGUAAGAUCAGGCUCACAUGUGUCCAGCUCUGUGUCUGUGAAGAGUGACUGCUCAAAAGAUGAAGGACCAAUAUUCAGUGAGCGAAAACCAUCAACUAACAAAAGGCUUCAAAGGGAGACAUUAGACUCAGACGUUCAGACUCACAGGAACAACAGUAGUUUCAAUGACAAUCUCCUAGGCAUCUUCCAGGAUAUUGAGAGCAAAAUGAUCAUAUUUCUGAAGAAUGAACUUGAAAUGUUUAAGAAAAUAUUACAAAAUGGGAACACACAACCCAUUGUGAAGGCCUUUAAUGAGAAUCGAUGCAGUAUCAAAGCAGCAGCUCUUGAUCUCACUCUACAUUACCUGAGAGAGAUGGAGCAAGAUGAAGCUGCUGAUGCUCUAGAAGAUGAGCUGCUCUUCAUUCAUCAGCUAAAAUGUAGCCUAAAGAAGAAGAAUCAAUGUGUGUUUGAAGGAAUUGCAAAGCAAGGUGACUCCACACUCCUGAAUAACAUCUACACAGAUCUCUAUAUCACUCAGGGUGGCAGUGAACAAGUUAAUACUGAACAUGAGGUGAGACAGAUUGAAGUUGCUUCCAGGCGUCAUAAAUCACAAGACAUACAGGUUGAAUGUACACAUCUAUUUGAAGCACCUGAACAAGAUGAGGAGAUCCGAACUGUGCUGUCAAAAGGAGUCGCUGGCAUUGGAAAAUCAGUCUCUGUGCAAAAGUUUAUUCUGGACUGGGCUGAAGGAAAAGAAAAUCAAGAUAUCAGCUUCAUAUUUCCUCUUCAAUUCAGAGAGAUUAACUUAAAGGAGAAAGUUAAAUUAAGGCUAAAUUUUUGUGGCUUAACAGACAAAAGCUGUUCAGUUCUGGCUAAAAUUCUGGUAUCAGAUACCAAUCUGAAAGAGCUGAACAUGAACAAUAAUAAUCUGCAGGAUUCAGGAGUGAAGCUGCUCUGCACUGGAAUGAAGAAUACAAAGUGUAAAUUGGAGAUACUGAGGUUAAGCUGGUGUUGUAUAACAGAUGAAGGCUGUUCUGCUCUGACUUCGGCUCUGAAAUCGAACCCAUCACACCUGAGAGAGCUGGACCUGAGCUGGAAUAAUCUAGGAGACUCUGGAGUGAAAAACCUCAGUGAUCUACUGAUGAACCCUCAAUUCAAGCUGGAGAAACUAAAUCUUUAUAGAUGCAGUAUUACAGAGAAACAGUGUCUUAUCCUGACUUCAGCACUGAAAUCAAACCCAUCACACCUGAGAGAGCUGAACCUGAGCGGGAAUAAUCUAGGAGACUCUGGAGUGAAAAACCUCAGUGAUCUACUGAUGAACCCCCAACUCAAGCUGGAGAAACUAAAUCUGUAUAGAUGCAGUAUUACAGAGAAACAUUGUCUAAUCCUGAGUUCAGCCCUGAAAUCAAACCCAUCACACCUGAGAGAGCUGAACCUGAGCGAGAAUAUUAUAGAAAACUCAGGAGUGAAGCACUUAUGUGAUAUACUGAAGGAUCCACCCUGUAAACUGGAGAGAUUGAGGUUAAGCUGCUGUUUUAUGACAGAUGAAGGUUGUUCUGCUCUGACUUCGGCUCUAAAUUCGAACCCAUCCCACCUGAGAGAGCUGAACCUGAGCGUGAAUAAACUAGGAGACUCUGGAGUGAAAAACCUCAGUGAUCUACUGAUGAACCCCCAACUCAAGCUGGAGAAACUAAAUCUGUAUAGAUGCGGUAUUACAGAGAAACAGUGUCUCAUCCUGACUUCAGCACUGAAAUCAAACCCAUCACACCUGAGAGAGCUGAACCUGAGCUGGAAUAAACUAGGAGACUCAGGAGUGAAGCACUGCUGUGACGUACUGAAGGAUCCACACUGUAAACUGGAGAGAUUGAGUCUACAGGACUGUGGCAUUACCGAUGUUUCUCCUUUAACUCAGUCUUUGACUAACUCAAAAGCACUGAAGUUUUCAGAGCUUGAUCUGAGACACAAUAAUAUAGGAGACUCAAAGCAGCGGCUCAGAGACAAGCUACGAGACUCAAACUGUGGCCUGAGAGUAGAUGAAGAUCGAUCACCAAACGUACCUAAUAAAUCAUUUACACCAGUUUAAAUCUGUGAAACGGAGAUCAUGAGAGGAUCUGAAACCAUCAGGAGAUCCACAGAAGAGCCUCAUUACUGUCUAUGAGGAGAAAUAAAUGUGGGAUUAAUGUGUAAAUGUGUUUCAUACAGGUGGAAGAGACUUUCAUUUAAAUAAUGCAGCUUGUGUGUUAGUAUGUGUAUAAGAAACACGUGAUAUUGAAUAAUAAUUUUGGUUUUGUAUUCAGCCAAAUGAUGGUUUAGUUUUAUUCAAAGGUGGAACAGAGGAAGCAGCUCAGCAGAAUUCGUCAAGCUCUUCAGUUUAAGGCCUACAAAUAUAUUAAUGUUAACUCGUACAUAAUUAUUCAAAUGUUUCUAAUCAUAAAUGUGAAUAUGAAUAAAUGUAUCAUAUGAUAAAAGUCUACAAUGUAAAAUUUCCUUGUUAAGAAUAUGUUGUAGUGUAUCUGGA